AUGGAGCACCGACUAACCGACCGUAUAGCUUCCAUGGACCAGAGCAUAACUGGCCAAAUUGCUGCCAUGGAUGGUCGACUAACUGCCAUGGAUAGUCAACUAACGGCCGUGGAUGGUCGUCUGACUGUCAUGGAUGGUCGACUGGACACGCUGGAGAAAGAAGUCCUCCAGCGACCCACAACAACAACUGUUGAGAUGACGCCCUUAAGGGCAGAGUGUCCAGUUCCAUCGCCCAUGUCCUCCCUGGAAGAGUUUGAUGCCUUCGAGGGCAAACUCCGAGGCAAGCAAUUUCGGCAGCAGGCGCCCCUCUUCACCAGCCGCCUGCUCGCCAACUUCAACCUCACCGGGCAGUUUGCGCGACGCAACUUCCGGCGAACUCGGGCUUAUGUUCUGCUGUAG